CGUUGAGAUGUAUUUUCCCCAGAACGACUCCUGGAUAGGCCUGGCACCUCUCAGCAUUCCCCGCUACGAAUUUGGAAUAUGUGUCCUGGACCAGAAGAUCUAUGUCGUGGGCGGGAUUGCCACCCACGUGUGUCAAGGCAUCAGCUACCGAAAGCACGAGAACUCAGUGGAGUGCUGGGACCCCGACACGAACACUUGGGCGUCUCUCGAGAGGAUGUUUGAGAGCCGGAGCACGCUGGGGGUGGCCGUCCUGGCGGGAGAGCUCUACGCCUUGGGCGGCUACGACGGGCAGUCCUACCUACGAACGGUGGAGAAGUACAUCCCCAAAGUGAAGGAGUGGCAGCUCGUGGCCCCCAUGAACAAGACGAGAAGUUGCUUUGCUGCGGCCGUCCUGGACGGGAUGAUUUACGCCAUCGGCGGGGGCGGCCCUGCCCACAUGAACAGCAUGGAGCGCUACGAUCCGAGUAAAAACUCGUGGGAGACGGUCGCUUCGAUGGCGGAUAAACGCAUCAACUUCGGGGUCGGUGUCAUGCUGGGCUUCAUUUUCGUGGUCGGCGGGCACAACGGCGUGUCUCACUUGUCGAGCAUCGAGAGAUACGAUCCCCAUCAAAACCAGUGGACUGUGUGUCGGCCCAUGAAGGAGCCCCGGACAGGAGUUGGUGCCGCCGUGAUCGAUAACUACCUUUACGUGGUCGGGGGCCAUUCGGGCUCGUCCUACCUGAACACGGUGCAGAGGUACGACCCCAUCGCCGACGCCUGGCUGGACUCCGCGGGCAUGAUGUACUGCCGGUGCAAUUUCGGCUUGACCGCGCUCUGA